ACUGUCAUCGUCGUCGUCGUCAUCAUCAUCAUCAUCAUCAUGCCUUAAACGGGAUGCUUUAUUAGGAGAUUUAUUUUGAAAGAAACCGGAUAUACACCUUUUCUUGCGUUAAGCUUGACAACAGCUAAGGUUAGUUGACAUGCUAACCCUAACCAAUAUAACGCUAAUCACGAAUGUGUCGGGACUCUUUCUAUGGGAGCACUAUUCAUCAUAAUUACGAAGUUUUAGUGCUCCUCUUAGUUUCUGCAUAGGACCUCUGGACAGUAGCACCAUGUUUGCUAUGUGCAAGACGAGCGAGCUAACAAGCUAGCAGCGGUAACGGUAUUUUGGGUUCACUGAUGUUUUAAUAGUCUGCAGUUGGCUUCUGGCUUCUGGCUAACGUUAGUUGGAAUUGCACACUGAACAAGCUAACGAUGACCAGCGGCUCAACCAUACACAGUAUAUAACGCCUGAAUAUGUGCAUGACGUUAGACUUUCUGGAGCCGGGAUUUAAAGAAUAAGUGAAGAGGCGUGGAAAGUAAGUUACCAGGGAUGUAAUUUCGAGCACGGGCUCCUAGCGUUAUUUACAACUGGAUAACGAUAUAUGUAUAGGGCAACGCUUGUUUGCUCCGUGGAAUGACGACGUUUGCUUCGUUCGGCUGCCUCAAACACGGGCGUCGGUGAUGCUGUCGACCGCUGGCCAAAUGCCCCGCUCGUCCGAAUUGGGACAGAGCACCCAAACUUCAUUAUAAACCAUGACAAGCUGCGAGUAUCAACAAAUCGACCCCCAGGCACUUCCGACGCCAACCCCGGCCCCUCCACCUCAUCACGGAAACGACCGUGACAAGAGAGAGGAGCCGAAAAGACCGAGGAGAAAGUGGCAAGUUUUCCCCGGAAAGAAUCGUUUCUACUGCGAUGGACGGAUCAUGGUGGCCCGGCAGAGUGGGGUCUUGCCCCUCACUCUGGGCCUUAUUGUCAUCACAAGUGGAUUGUUCUUUAUAUUUGACUGUCCCUUCCUGGUCAAACACCUGACCAGCUGCAUACCUGUUAUCGGAGGAGGCCUCUUUGUAUUUGUGGUCAUCACCUUGCUCCAGACCAGCCUCACUGACCCCGGCAUCCUGCCCAGAGCAACACCAGAUGAGGCUGCAGACAUUGAGAAGCAGAUUGACAACACUGGAAAUGCCAGCUAUCGGCCUCCGCCGCGCACCAAGGAAGUCCUCAUCAACCAGCAGGUGGUGAAGCUCAAGUACUGUUUCUCCUGCAAGAUGUUCCGGCCUCCGCGCACCUCCCACUGCAGCCUGUGUGACAACUGUGUGGAGCGAUUCGACCAUCACUGCCCCUGGGUGGGGAACUGUGUGGGAAAACGCAACUACCGGUUCUUCUACACCUUCAUCGUGUCGCUCUCAUUCCUGACGGCGUUCAUCUUCGGCUGUGUGACCACACAUCUAGCACUGAGGGCUCAAGGUGGAAAAGGCCUGGUGUUUGCUCUGCAAGAGAGUCCGGGCAGUGCAGUGGAGCUGGUGAUAUGUUUCUUCUCAGUCUGGUCCAUCUUGGGCCUCUCAGGCUUCCAUACGUACCUGGUUGCUUCCAACCUCACCACUAAUGAAGAUAUUAAAGGUUCCUGGUCAGGGAAGAGUGGAGAAGGUGUCACCAACCCAUACAGCCAUAAAAACAUCUUCAUCAACUGUUGCUCUGUGCUCUGUGGACCCAUGCCACCCAGCUUGAUCGACAGACGGGGUUUCCUGCCCACAGAUGAAUCUGUCCAGACAGCCGGCGCGGGCAUCGAGCUGCCCGCUCUGGCCGCUAAAAGCGAGAUAAACGUGGUAGGAGGGUCUUCCCAGCCGGCUUCUGGCUUGCCGGAGUCCCCAUCCCCUGUGCCUGCACCCCCCCACUCCCACCAAAACUCUUCCUCUGUCUGACUGAAGCCUUGUUGCCGGGCUGUAGCUCCAACCCAGCAUCUGUCUGCUGCCUGCUGCCGACUGGGUUAAUCCCUACAUAUACUGUGUUUACACUGCAGUCAGAGCUUCAGCAUUUAUUACUUUCCCCUCAGCGCAAACUAGAUUUAAAAAGCAUUUUUCAAAAUAUGUUGAAAACUUGGUGUACACUAUCAUAAUUAGUUUGAAUCAAAUUGCAAAGCAGGUUAAAGGUGCUCUAAGCGAAGUCAUGCGUUUGUUUUUAGGCUACAACAUUUUUUUUGUCACAUAUAGCAAACAUCUCACUAUCCGCGAGCUGCCUGUCCCCUGAACACACUGUAAAAAACAGCCCAGGCUCCACAAAUGGGCCCACCGGCAGUACUUUAUCGUAAUGGUAAAUGCUAACACGGUGCAACAGUAGCACCAAUGGGGACAAGUGAAACUGGCUCAGUAAUGUCAAUUAUGCAGCAAUAGCACUUUUUUUAGGCUUGCUAACAGUAGCCACAGCAAGCUACUGGUCUUUCCAGACUAAGUAAGGCUGUAGCAGCAGUGUGUUUUUAUUUCUAAGGAUUUCAACUUGUUAUUUGUGAGAGGGAGUUGUCAUUUCUUUUUUUAAGUACAGAGUUGGAGUCAGGACAAGUUUAGCGUAGGCUAGCAUAUCUCUGGCCAAAGUGAAUCAAGUAACCCACAGCAGCCCAGAACCUCACAGAUGAACAUGUUUCAUCUUGUUUGUGAUUUUUAUGGAGUUAUUGAGCUGGAACUUUUUCCGAACCAGGCACUUUAGAGGUGUUGCUAGGCCUGGUUUCCCAUUUGGACGGACCCGGACUAGCUAGUCUCUCCCCCCUGUUUUCAAGUCUUUGUGCUAAGGUAAGCUAACCGGCUGCUGGCCGUAGCUUCAUAUUUCUUGUGCGUUCCAUUUACCUCGGAACUCGAAAGCCGAAGCUGGAGAUGACGUCCCAUCCGAGUUGAACGCGUUCCAUUUACAAGUCUGAUUUUUUUUCAUUGUCUUCGUUAGCUCUAGCCAGGUUAGCCAUUGUUAGCAAUGCCAGUUUCUAAUAACGCAUUACGGCUGUUUGUUGU